AUGACUUUAAUCAACAGCAAUAAAGACUUUGACUUCAUUGUCGUUGGUGGUGGCACAGCCGGCUGCGUUGUGGCCGGACGCUUAGCUGAGAACCCCAGCGUGAAAAUUCUGGUUAUCGAGGCCGGUGUUAGCAAUCCGAAGGAUAAUGAAGCCAUAACGACGCCCGCUCGCGCUUUCGAGCUCAGGGGGAGCAAGUGGGAUUGGGGAUACAAGACAACCAUGAUCGACCGUCCCGAGUACACUCGCAUCGAAAAACCCAAUACCCGUGGCAAGGUCCUAGGCGGUAGCAGCUGCCUCAACUACUAUACCUGGAUUCGUGGAAGCGCAGCCACCUUCGACGACUGGGCCGCGUUUGGAGGCAGCGAAUGGACAUGGGCCGGUUGCAAGGAGUAUUUUGACAAGCCUGCCACUUUCCACGACGACCAGGGCCUCUUCCCCAAACACUUGCAGCACAUUGGCACAUCAGGACCUGUCCACGUCUCUCCCGCAGAGCUAGUUGCUGAAGCCGCUCCUUUCCGUGAAGCUCUAAAGACGGCUUGGGUCAGCAAAGGCGAGAAGCUUAACGAUGAGAUCUACGAUGGUGAAAUGCAUGGACUGGCAACCGCGGUGAGCUCCAUCUACAAGGGCACCCGUUCCUCCAGUUGGCUUUUCCUUGAGGGCAAAAAGAACGUUACCGUUUUAGGUCAGACCAACUCUAGACGACUUAUCAUUGAGAACAACCGGGCUGUCGGUGUCGAAGUUAUUGGACCAGACGGCGGAAACCUUUCAUUUCGCGCCAAUUACGAGGUUAUCGUUGCCUCUGGUGUCUAUGAGUCGCCUAAGCUCCUGAUGCUCUCCGGAAUUGGCCCAAAGGAGCAUCUCAGGUCUUUCGGCAUCGAAACAAUUGUCGACUCACCCCACGUUGGCCAGAAUCUACUUGACCAUCCCAUCAUGCCCCACGUCUUCAAGCUCAAAGACGGUUAUGGCCUUGACCAACACCUCCUGCGCGCUGGUCCUGAGAAAGAUGGCGCCGUGUCAUCUUACCGCUGGAAGCACAAGGGACCGCUGGGCAGUGGCCUUCUUGAGCUGAUUGGCCUGCCCCGCAUCGAUGAACGACUCAGGAACUGUCAGGAGUAUACUGAGUAUCUCGAGAACAACGGCGGGGUUGAUCCCUUCGGUCCCAGCGGCCAGCCCCAUUUUGAGAUCGACUUUGUUCCUAUGUUCUGCGAUGCCUUCCAGUGGCAUAUUCCCACCCCGCCGCAGGGUGACUACUUCACCGUUAUUGUCGAUCUGCUUCGCCCCCUUUCCCAGAAUGGCACGGUGACGCUUAACUCGACCAAUCCCCUCGAGCAGGCCAAAAUCAACAUUAACUUCUUCUCCAGCGAUCUUGACCUUAUUGCCAUGCGCGAGGGUGUCCGAUUCGUCGACGACAUCAUCAUGAAUGGAGAGGGUAUGAAAGACAUUAUUGAGAGCGACUACCCCUGGCCCAUGCCCCGCAACUCUGAUGAAGCCAUGAUCAAGAUGAUCCUAGAGCGCUCGCAGACAGGCUUCCACCCUUGUGGUACCACUCGCAUGUCCCAAAACAUUGAGCAAGGUGUUGUUGACAACAAGCUCCGUGUUCACGGUGUUGACAGUCUCCGAGUUGUAGACGCUUCGGUUAUUCCUGUUAUUCCUGACUGUCGUAUUCAGAACGCUGUCUACAUGAUUGCCGAAAAGACUUCAGACAUGAUUAAGGCUGCCUACCCUGAGCUUUACCAGUAA